AUGGAUAUCUCUGUUGAAAUACUCAAAAAAGGAUUCAAGAAAUUAUUAAAACUAUUUGAAAACGUUUUACAAUAUAUUCUACAAUCAAAAUACUUUGAAAAUGACGAGGUUUCUGUGAAAAGACAUCAAAAACAUUUCAGUAAAAGCGUACAAGAGAUAAGUGCAAAUGGUGAUAACAAGUGUAUGAAUCAGCGUUCAGAGGAAAUAGUUCUGACAGGCUAUAACCCACAAACAAAGGAAAAGGUGUGGAAAGUCAUUAGACCCCACAGAGAGGAAAGAGUGUCGAGAAAAUAUAUACCACAAACAGAGGAAAAAGUGUCGAGACACAUUAAACCGAGAACAGAAGAAAGAGUGCCGAGAGACAUUAAACCACGCACAGAGGAAAAAGUCUCGAGAGAAAUAAAACCACGCAAUGAGGUAAGAGUGUUGAACAAUAAUGAACCACAGACAGAGGAUAUAAUGUCGAGAGACAUUAAACCACAAACAGAGGAGAGAGUGUCGAAAAACAAUGAACCACAAACAGAUGAAAGAGUGUCGAAAAACAAUGAACCACAAACAGAGGAAAGAGUGUCGAAAAACAAUGAACCACAAACAGAGGAAAGAGUGUCGAUGGACAAUAAAGAACAAACAGAGGAAACAGUGGCGAGAGAAAAUAAACCACAAACAGAGGAAAGAGCAAAAAGACACCACAAAUUACAAAUAGUUUACAUUUGA